UCGCGAUAUAGGUUAGACGCGACGUUGCGUGUGUCCGCGCGGAGGAUAAUAAAAUUGUUUUGGCUACGUGGCCGAUUCGCGUGCGGCUCAUGAGCAUCAUCCUGCGGGAUUCAUCGUCAUCGGAGAGGAGCGGCGAUAACGGGCUCGAUUCUGGGUUUCUUGAUCCUGGUCAGCGGAUUUCGGGAGUACAACAAGAGGGAUCUGUUCGCUUUGCGCGAGGAGGUUCGAUCCAUGUUCGAUUACGCUUACUCCGGCUACCUGACGCACGCCUAUCCCUACGACGAGUUGCGUUCGUUGAGUUGCGAUGGCUUCGACACCUGGGGCAGCUUCUCCCUGACGCUGAUCGACGCCCUGGACACGCUCGCGGUUAUGGGUAAUCUCUCCGAAUUUCGUCGCGUUGCCGAGAUAAUCAGCGCGAGGGAGAACUUCGAGGCCAACAUCAACGUGUCCGUGUUCGAGACGAACAUUCGGGUGGUCGGUGGGCUGCUGAGCGCACACCUAUUGUCACGCAGAGCAGGUGUCAAGCUGGAACCGGGUUGGCCCUGCAACGGUCCGUUACUGCGUCUCGCCGAGGAUAUGGCAAAAAGACUGAUCGCGGCCUUUGAUACACCUACAGGAAUGCCAUAUGGUACGGUUAAUCUCAAGUAUGGUGUGCCGGAAGGUGAAACCAGCAUCACUUGUACCGCUGGCAUUGGCACUUUCUUACUGGAAUUUGGUACCCUCUCCAGGCUGACGGGAGAUCCUUUGUACGAAGAAGUGGCCAUGAAUGCUAUAAAGGCGUUACAUUAUUAUAAAUCCAACAUUGGCUUAGUCGGCAAUCAUAUAGAUGUUCUCACCGGUCAUUGGACUGCCCAGGAUUCUGGUAUAGGCGCUGGAGUCGACUCUUAUUUUGAGUAUCUGGCCAAGGGUACAUUACUGUUCCAAGACCCCUCACUGGCUUCGAUAUUUCAGGAGCACAAGAGGGCCAUAGAAAAAUAUAUUCGUCGAGAAGAUUGGCAUCUAUGGGUUUCCAUGACUAAGGGUCAAGUGACGCUGCCAGUUUUUCAAUCCCUGGAUGCUUACUGGCCUGGCGUGUUGAGUCUGUUCGGCGAGAUUGCAGACGCGAUGAAAUCCUUGCAUAAUUAUCAUCGCGUGUGGAAACAAUUCGGAUUCACUCCUGAGUUCUACAAUAUACCGCAGGCUGAGGCGGGUACCAAUAGGGAGGGCUAUCCCCUGCGACCGGAGCUCAUAGAAUCCGUUAUGUAUCUUUACAGAGCGACCAGAGAUCCCUGGCUGAUCCAAGUGGGAGUGGAUAUGCUGAGAAGUUUGCAGCACAGCGCCAAAACCACGUGCGGCUACGCGACCAUCAAUGACGUCCGGGAUCAUCGCAAAGCAGACAGGAUGGAGUCCUUUUUCCUCGCAGAGACUACCAAGUACCUGUAUCUUCUUUUCGACACCGAUAAUUUUAUUCAUAACACCGGCUCUGAGGGCGAAAUAAUCGACACUCAGUGGGGUCGGUGCGUCGUGGACGCUGGCGGAUAUAUCUUCAACACUGAAGCUCAUCCAAUCGAUCCUGGAGCGUUAUACUGUUGUCGGCCAGCGCAAGAGAUCUUCCCGGACAAGAGGCCGGUUCUCAAAAGAUUUCUACCGACGCAGAAUACGCCGGAGGAUAACAUCACGCCAAACGAUCUUCGCUUCGAGAAGGACGUUACCGAGACGAAAAAUCCAGGUGUGCUGCCGAUCACGAUAGCCAAAUUAUCCGAAAUUAGACACUACGCUGUGAAUAAGAAAGAAGGCGCUGUCAAUGAGAGUUUUUCAUCGUCGAAUGCUUCAUCGCCGAGGGAUUCUGCUGUAGAAAACGCGACAGUCGAGGAAGUGAAGAAAUCGAAUCAGACCGUUCGACUUCCAACACAGAUUCUCGCACCCUCAUCGACGAUUUAUAAAGCCGACGAUAGUGACAGUUCUGACAGUUUUGAAUCUCCAAUAUUAUCCAACGGACAGUACUCGAUUUCUUCGAGUGCCACGGUCCAAAAUUCUGGUAUCCGACAAAACGCGACCCCGAGUCCCAUCAAGACCAGAUUCGAGCCUCAAAUAAUGUUGGAGAACAUCAGACGUGGAAAUCUUUAUCCAACAAAUGUCACAGCGAGACAAAAUUAUCAGAUUUUAUCCUGUCAAGCUCAACCAUUCCUGCAACGAAUGUCGAUCGUAGGGGAAUUUUUUUAAAUAACGCGUAAAUAAAUCGAGAAUGUAUAAAAGUUUGUGAAUUUGUUACGGCGAUUCUUGAACUAUUUUUGAUUCGCAAGAGAGACUGUUGUUAUAAGAACGAAAUUUUACACAGUCUUGUUUUGCAAACAUAUUGUACUUUAAUAUAUUGCUGUGAUAUAAUUGUUGUAUAGUUUAUAAUAAAUAUAAGAUAUGUAAAUGAA